CGAAAUUCCUGUCUCUGCGCAGACAACUUCGAUGCGCGCGACACGGGCCAGCGUCGUGGAUCGACCCAAGUCGGCCAAUGUCUCGCAGCGAGGAACGCUCGUGGCGCUGCUCUCGCCUCGGCCCGGGAAUCGCCAAGCCGCGCUCCACGCGCCGCAGCGCUGGUCGGGCACCACAAAGCCCAUCAUCUCGCGCUACUGCCUCAUCGACAAGCCGCUUGAAACGAUGCCGCCAACGAGUCUACCAGUGCCUAUGGACGCCGCACAACCGCUAUUUGAGCCACGACGUCCUCAAGACGAGACGCCGCCGGCAACGAGGACCGAGUCCGAGCCGCCCGUGCUAGCACAGCCAUCGGUGUCAUCGCCACCGACACCGCGACGUCCCAAGGCCCGUCCAACCUCGCCGUCGACCGAGUGUUUUCACGUCCGACAAGCUCGUCUGCACGCCGAAGAGAACGCGAGGUUGCUUGCGAACCGAGUCGCGUUUCUCGAGAUGGAGCGAGAGCGGGCCGAGAUGGACGCGAGCAAGCUCUAUGUCGAGCACUGCAGAGAGGUGCAGGCCAAGGAAGAGGCCGAGCACCACCGACGCUUGCGCCAAGCCCGGCGGGAGAAGGACGAACGUGCCAUUCGCGCCCGGCGCGAGAAGACACUUGCGCUUCAAGCCGAGCACAAGAUGCGACUCCAGCACAACGCGGCUCGGGUCCAAGCCCAGCGAAUCCAGAGUGCCCGUAGCGUCAAACAAAAGCGUCACGCCAUUGAGGCCGAGCGCACGCGAAAAGAAGCGGCGGUGCUCCAAGAAAAAGUCCACGCAAAGCAUAAGGUGCUCUCGCACGAAGAACACUUGCGCCGGCAACGUGCCGUCCGUGAGCGCGAGCACCAAGCGCGACUCGAAGCCGCACACGCCGAGCGCAUCCGGCGAGAGAACGAGCGCCACGAGCUCGCCGACCAGCGCGUGGCCGCCAUGCUCGCAAAAGAGACAGCGCUCAAGUGCACCCUCGAGAUCCAAGAGUGCCACCACCGCAUUGAGCUUCAAAAGUGCUUUGACAUGGACACCCUCUUCUCGCGCGAUGCGAUGCUACCCGAGCCCGUCUCCCCGUGUCAGACCUCGUUAAUUUAA